CGUAUUUGUGCUUCUUUGAAUAUUUAUAAAGUAUGUCCAUUGCCACCAGGCCGCAUUACGUUCUUUGUGAAAUCAAGAAAAUCUGAGUACAUUACAACUUGCGAGGGUAGAAGUAGUUUUCAUUCAGAAAUGAUUAAAACUUCUAAUGAAUUGUCGAUCUAUAGCACGACCGGUUGUACCUUGCACGUAGGAACAGCGACGACCUCAACAUCAAUCAUGCCGCCCAAGAGCAAGACGAGCAAAGCCAAAUCCGGCCCGAACAAGAAGAAGCCCUCCUCCCUGGAGCAGCGAUUGCAAAAAAGCGGGAAAAACGUACGAAAAAACAACGCCGUCAGUAUUCAGCACGACGGGGGAAAACUGCCGGACGCGUGGAUCGAAAAACUGAAAACGAUAUUUGGUUCAACAUCUUCUACUGCGCAGACUCAACAAGAUGCUUUUGCGGGCCAGCAAGACGAUCUCGAAACAAUCAAGAAACCCGUCGUGGAAGAGCUCGUGGAGCUUCUGGAGCGGAAGUGCAAGACGGCUGCGUCAAGGAAGGCGGCGGUGCUGCGAAUUGUGAAGAGGUUUCAGGCUCUUCCAGCAGUCCUCACGGGGGUGCCGACGGGGGGAAGAUCAGCUUCUAGUGGAAGUAGUACUACUGCAAGCGGCGCGCUUCCGGUUGUACCGGUAACAGCAGGGGUAGCGAUACCACUACCUCCCCCGCCACCGCGGGGACCUUGCUCGGGGUCUGCUUCAUCGUCGGCAGUUGUAGUUGGAGAUGAAAUCAGAAUCGGAGCCAGCGCAGAAGCCGCAUCGUCGAGUAGCGGCAAAAAUGCCAGCUCUAGUAGUACUUCUUGUGUGACAUCAGUAACGGCAGGAGCAGGAGGCAAGGAGGAUGGAAUAAACAAGCUCUCGGCGGUGUUGUCAACUGCAAAUUCGAAAAAUCCAACAGUUAGUGUUGCCUCUUCGUCUUUUUCCUCCUCCUCGUCCCCCUCAUCAAGCUCAAGUUCGGUGGCAAAGAAGAGCGACGAGGCGAAAGAUACAACUGGUCGGGCGGGCGAUCAUGAUGCUAAAAACAUAGCUCUACAACCUGCGCUAAAUCAUCAUGACGCGACGAACCUAGCCCCGACAAGAACCUCUUCAACGACGCGCUCCGCCCCCCCUCCAUCGACCUUCAGCACGGAGCAGAAACUCAGCUGGCACAAAUUACCGCUAGACGACCUUCGAAACAGGAUUCUCGGCAGAGAAAUCCCGUUGGAAUACCUUCUGCUGGAGGAGAAUCCGGAAGUCGCGCUGGAACAGGCAUCGAAAGGGCUAUUUGGAAACGAUUCGCCGAAAAAGAAAAUCAACUACGAAGAUACCGUCCCCUGUCCGGCCUGCGGCGUGGGCCGCUGUUUGCGGACCUUCGGGAAAGUUCCAGCGGGCAAAAUGGCCCGCGAUUACAUUCGCUACGAGUGUCUCGAUUGUGGAAGGGUCACGCAAGUGAAUGAAUAACAGCGACGAGUUGUGGAGAAUGUUUGAGAACAAACAAUUUUCACUCUGAGAAGCGACAUGACAAUUUCUAAAUUGAAUUUAGGUGCGG